GAUGUCCUUCUCUAAUUACCCCGACUGUAUUGUACGGUAUAAACCGAUGCUGCAGUGGGCGGAUGACUGCAUGCAUUUUCGUUGGGAAAAAUGUCGAUCGAUGUGCUGGAAGUGUGUACGUGCUGAGAUUUACGACGUUUCGCAGUGCGCAGACUGUAGUGUACGGUGCUUCCUUUUAAUUUAGGCCGAGUUCCUUUACGCACAUGCAAAUGUUGGCUGCAGUGUCAGUAUGUACUCGUACCCAUGGAAACAACAACGGAACUGGGCGGCUGCCAGAUUUUAUGCUAACCGCGGACCUGACUCAUUGGGUCAUAGGCCCAUAUGCGUUAUUAAGAACUUGAUUGAGCACAGUAAUUCGAUAAUCAGUGAAUUUCCCAGAAAGUUUUUGGUGCUUUGCUCCUGCAGUGACUGUUUUCUACACCGUGGCGCAAGAACCCGUGCAUUCGGUUUAUCAUUGCAUUCGUAUUUGCGUUUGAUAUUAAGUUCUGUGAAGUCUACUACUUUUCUUAGCGAUACUUCGUCACGCUGUGUGAUUUCUAUCAUUCAGCUAUUGUGGCUCGCCUAAAAGAUUUCGCACAAUUAUUUUUGCGUGUUUUUGUGUGUGAUGCAUGGGAAAAGUCCAUUUUAGUGGUACAGCACAGAAAUCCGGUGGUGCUGGGUUGGAUCUCAAUCAGAUAUCGUUGAACUGUGCGUGAGGAUUUCUCCUUCACUUGUCACUUGUUAGCACCGAUUGGUAUGCCCCGAUUUGGGAUCCUGGAAGCCAUGAUGGCCGUCAGUAGCAUGAUGCCUGGUUGUUGGCCAAUCAAUCCAUCGACCACGUACCCAUCCAUCAGCUGCUACAAAUGCAACGAUCUGGCCAGCAAAGACUGCCCCACGGCGCCGUGUUACUGCGCAGCGACCCCACCUCCAUGGCCACCCGCGGCACCUACCGCUCGGAGGGCCUCAACGCCUGGCAGCACGAGGGCCCUUUGCUGCCGCUGAAGCCCUACUGUAUGACGUCCCUGAUGCGGAUUGAAUACGGCGGUGGAGCGGUGGGCACCCUGUUCGUGCGGGACGUCGGUUAUCCCGGGGAACGACCGGGGACCUGUGUGACGGUCAAUGACGUCACUGACAACUUUCCCGUGAUGACCAAGGUUCUCGGUCACUUCAGGUAUGGGCCGAAUUUGUUUCCCACGGGGUAUAGCGGUUCAAGCUGGCAACCCUUUGAGCAGACUAAAAGCGGAAAUGCGACGACAUCCACUGCUGCAGCACAGAAUAGGCACAGCGGUUUGCGUGCCAUUGCCACAGUAGCGCUGCUCCUGAUCCUCACCACCGGUCCCGACCAUAUACUGCGGAGUGUUACAAGGAUGCGCUCCGUGGCUCUCCUGGGAGGAGGUUUCGCGGUACUGGGCAUCUUCGCUGUGCCGACCAGCGCACUGCGCUGCUACUCCUGCAAGGACGAGCCCAACGCCCCGGCCAGCGUGGCGCAGAACUGCUACACCAUGCCGGCCAUGCUGGGCGCCGGCGCCAUCGUGGACUGCAACGAGCGCAAACCGCCGCCCAUGGCCAUCGGCAUCACGAUGCGGCAGACCGGCUUCUGCGCGAUGUGGCUCGAGCAGUUUACCAAUCCCUUUGGUGGCGGCAUGCGGCUGAGCUAUCUGGCCCGCGGCUGCGUGUAUCCGGGCGGGGAGGAGCCGGAUGCGGGCUGUCUGACCGUCAACGGCGCCAACCCCAUCAUGCCCGACCGCGCCCUGACGGUGACAUACUGCCGGGACGGGGAUCUGUGCAACGGGGCGAUUUACCCGGAUUUCAUCAGCGAAUGUUUCGGUGGAGGCGGAACGACGGUAACAACGAGGGAUUUUAACGUGACCAACAUGUCGACGAUGCCGACCACCACGACGACCCCGUUUAUACCAACGCUAAACCCACAGAUUGCCGAGGAAAUAAAGGUGCGGGCAUGCGGCGGAAAUGGCACGACCACGCCCGAUGCUCCCGGCCAGUCGUCAGGGGGAAUCUCUAGCAAAUACCAUGACUGUGUUAUGCCUUCACUGUUGGUGGCCGUUGCCGCCAGUUUAAUGUGCUGUCAUGAGGCUCGGAGGUUAAAUUUACUGUGAUUUCGUUGUUCGUGUGAUACUUCAGACUGUUCUGCGAGUGCGCGGUGAUUGCGCCGAAGGUUUGAUCCGCCGUUUGUAGAGAGUGUUACUGACAAGGUGGUGCAAAGGUCACAAUUAAAAUGGCAAGUUUUUAACACUGUUGUUACAAAGAUCGCUACUUAUUCGGUGCGGAUAGAGCGAUUUGCGAGUGAAACUGCUCAGCGGCGUUGAGCCGUAUUGGCUGCAAUGUGCAUCUAUAUAU